UACUGCCUAGCAGGUGUGGGGGAUCACUCAGCUGCUCCGUUUUCCUCAUAGGCAUUCCUCCACAGUUUUCAAUCACGCGCGAAGGCGAACGGAACUGCGCGUUUGUGAGUUAUUUAAAUGUGUUAAAGCUGAACAAAUAUGCUCGAAAGCACUUUGCCCGUGACGUCGUCGUGGACUUAAAUCCUCUUCGAGUUCCCUUAAAAUAGCCCUGUUUCUGUGUAACCGCUAACAGUAUUGACCAAGUCGGCAAAGUGGUAACUACUCCCCCGGGUAUUUGGAGUCGGAGUUGUUGUAACCGUUGGCAACUGCCACAGCGAAUGCAUUUAAAAUUAUCCGGAUAUAAUUUGCAAUUACAAACCUUGCUAAAAAUAAAACAGAAAGCACGAGGAACAUCGUAAUACAACGUUCAAAAUGCCUGAUGUAAAGUUCUUCGCCGUUCUGCCCACCAAUGCCAGUUCCUCGGAUCGAGUAGCACGGCUGUCCAUCAGCGGCAACCUGCUCCAGGAUCCGCAGCAAUUCUCGGUGAACUUUGUCAACAGUCCGGACUGCACGGACAACAUCACAUACCACUUCAAGGUGGUUAUCCCCACACAGACGAUUAUCGAGAACUACAAGCGGAACGGCGAGUGGAGCAGCCUACACCAGGAGAAGUACCUGAACAUCUUCGACGAGUCCUCAUUUUGCCUUGAGUUCGCCUUCGACUACGAAAAUUCCAUGAUGCGGGUGUACCAGGGUAGGGAUACGGGCCACAAUUUCAUAACCGAGUACGAGACCCUCUUCUCCCUGUCCGACAUCCAGGCGGUUCAGGUGUGGGGCGAUGUACAGAAGGUCAACCAGUUUGCCCUGAGCUACAACUGAUAGGGAGGAAAUCCCCAAGAUCCCAUGAUCCCUAAGGUAGCCCCCAAUGUUCUCUUUUUUAAUGCACUCUUUAAUCGCAUAGAUUCAAGUUCGGUGGCGGGCGUUCUUAGUUCUAACACCGCACGUUCUUAAUUCCCUCACCUGUAGUUAUAAUUAAUUUGUUGGAUUCCGCACCCAUCUACAUUAUUUUGCUGUAGUAGGAAACCGCUUUCACUCCUUCGUUGGCCAAUGCGUUGAGUUCAUUAUCAUUUGACCACAAGUUCUUGUUGAUCGUGGCUUUAGAAAACUUUUCCUAUCAAUCAUGGUGCUUAUGUAACAGUAUUAAAAAAAAAUAUAUUUAUUUGGCAAAAAGCUCUAAAAUGUAAUUCCUUAUAUUCUAUAUUAUUUAUUUACAACUCUGAAAAAUGUCCACAUUUUAUUUGGCAGAAUUUUGAAUUUAAGAUCUGUUUCAUUCAACAUUAUGUAAGUGAUUCCAUAGUAUCUACUGCUUUUUGAAGUACAUAUAUCUUUAUGAUGCCGCCAGAGUUUGAUAAUACUUUAGUGUUUGAUAAACCAAAUUAUCAUUAACAAACCACACAUUCACGGACUACAUAUGUAUAUGUCAGUCACAUAUCACUCACCUUGGUUCUUUCUUAAUAUUUUAUGACGUUACUAUGGCUCUGCUAUGUCCUUUUGCUAUCCUAUGCAGUUGCUAUUUGUUUCUUCGUUUGUAGUUAUUAGCAAUCGUAUUUCUAAGGCCAAAGAAUUUUAUGUAUAAUACACCUUGAGUUUCUGUUUCUGCCCUUUCUGAAGUCUUCCAUUCAGAUUGUAAACUUAAGUGUAAGUUUUUCCUGUAAUAUCUAUACAGACCAUGACAAGUAUU